UAUGAGGAACUAGAAAAUUCUCGCUUCGGGUGCCACACCCCCUCAAGAGGCCAACCUUAGUCUUAACUCAAAAUCUAGAAAAGCCAGCGGGAACUCAGUGAUUUACGACGAUGAACGAAGAGAUCGCGGAACCAGUAUUCCGGUAGUCGUGGUUCUCGGAGGGGAGCCAAUUCUGCGGACCGGUAGUGGAAAACCCUAGAGCUAUUUCCGGCCACCUCAGCGGGAAGCGGAGACGCAAGCAGCUGGAUCUUGGGGAACUGGGAUAGAGAUAUAACUGUUGUCGCCGCGGAGGAAGGGAGAACGAAGCCUCCGGCGGUGCAGGCCAACAUCGGAUAUCAGUAGCCUGUGAAGAUGGUGUUGCUAACGAUGAUCGCCCGAGUGGCGGACGGGCUCCCGCUAGCUGCCUCCAUGCAGGAGGACGAACAGUCUGGCCGGGACCUUCAACAGUACCAGAGUCAGGCUAAGCAGCUCUUCCGCAAGUUGAAUGAACAGUCUCCUACCAGGUGUACCUUGGAAGCAGGAGCCAUGACAUUUCACUACAUUAUUGAACAAGGAGUGUGUUAUUUAGUUUUGUGUGAAGCUGCCUUCCCUAAGAAGCUGGCUUUUGCCUAUCUGGAAGAUUUGCACUCAGAAUUUGAUGAACAGCAUGGGAAGAAGGUGCCCACUGUGUCUAGACCUUAUUCCUUUAUUGAAUUUGAUACCUUCAUUCAGAAAACCAAGAAGCUCUACAUUGACAGUCGUGCUCGGAGAAACCUAGGUUCCAUCAACACUGAAUUGCAAGAUGUGCAGAGGAUCAUGGUGGCCAAUAUUGAAGAAGUGUUACAACGGGGAGAGGCACUCUCAGCAUUGGAUUCAAAGGCUAACAAUUUGUCCAGUCUGUCCAAGAAAUACCGUCAGGAUGCGAAGUACUUAAACAUGCGUUCCACUUACGCCAAACUUGCAGCAGUAGCUGUAUUUUUCAUCAUGUUAAUAGUGUAUGUGCGAUUCUGGUGGCUGUGAAGUAGUGGAUUCAGUCACUGGUAAGGGAGAACCUAGAACCCAGCAGGUGUGUGUUUUCAGGAAGCUGAGCUCACAGGGAUGUGUAUUAGAAUCCAGGUGGUACUUCUGCCUCUAAAGACCUUACAAGAAAAGAUAUGUCCUGAAAAUGAAAGAUUACACCUCAUUUAAUGCAGCUUAACCCUGGGUAGGAAGUCUCUUUUGGUGUCAGAGACUUUCUCUGGGUGCUAAGCCAUAUAUGUUAGGGAACAGUAGAUUGUUUCAUUCUGUUUUUUGUUUGUUUUUUUUUCCUCUCAGUACAUUUUAAAAACAGCACUGACAGGGGCAUUCUCAUUCUUUCAUGGAGUCGUUAGUGAGACUUAGCUUAGCCAACCUGUGCUAGCAACAUCCUGAAGUUCCUUCAAAGAUGGCAGCCCUUUGGGAAGUUUUUUGACUCUAAUCAACAUUCCUUUUGUUGGUGACACUUGUGAUUUUCAGUAACCUGAGUUUUUGAUGGUCUUUCAAACAAGACUCCAGUAUGUGAAGGUUAAUUGCUAUGCUGCACAGACCUUGUCUUUGGCCCCUGUAGGAAGUUAAUCUUCGUUGUUUUUCUUUUAUGGUAUUUUGCUUAUUGCACAAUUGCUUUAGGAUUAAAUGAAUUAUAUUAAAAUACCUUGAAAUUAUAUUAUAGCACUCCUUGAUUAAGAACUAAAAUGUUUUUUUUUUCUCAUUUAUUCCUUAAGACUUAAAUUAGUUUGAGACACUAUUAAUUUUAUUUUACAGUGUCUAGGUUAUAUGAACAUAAGAGCCGAGUAUAGCAUAUGGGUGGUCAGAGGCCUCUGGUUGAUGAGAAGAAAGGCCCAGCUCACACUAAAGCUUUAUGCCACCCCUCCUCACUUUCCGCACUAUGGUUUCCCUCACUCUGUUUCCUUUUGCCACAGUUUGCUAAAAGUUCACAAUUUUCCCUGUGCCCAGUAGUGUCAUGGCCUGUAAGCAUCCUCAAGAUAUUCUUAAACUUUGAAGUAGAAAAUGUAGCUAACUCAAUUGAAGGUUUUUACAAAUCAGCUACUCCAACUACUGAAUACGUUUAUCUGAGAAAGUCUCUGAGAGAAACUCAUUCCUGUUUCGUUUAUAUAAAUUCUCUGAGAGUAUUCUGAAGAUAGAUAACUCAUUUACAGAGAUUUCUAUUAACAAAUAAAAACACCCAUGAUUUUUUGCUCAGGGAUGAUGAGGAUUUCCUAUUACCUUCUAAGAUGUAAUUUUUUUUUUUUUAAUGGGAAGAAUAGGCCUUUAAAUAUUGUGAGGGUCUACAGUCCUGUUAAUUCUUGCACAUAGUACAACUGUUUCUUAAAUUGUACAGGAAAGUAAGCCAACUUCUUAUUUCUUAACACCUUUGAAAAAACUUUAACCAGUAAGCAAUUUUAUAACCCUAAGGGGUCCUCAAAGCUACUGUCCUGAUUCUUGGUAGAGGGAAAAAAAAAAACCACAACUAUUUCCUUAUAACAUGACAAGGAGAAAUGCAUAUUUUAUUUCUGGUAACAUACAGAACUAAAAUACUUUUCUUUCUUUUCUAUUAUGAACCUCAAUCUGCCAAUUGGAGUUUUGGGCAUGAAAUACAAAGUUACUUUUUAUAGAGAAUAAGUGCUUUUAUGUCCCUAAAGGCUCAUCUCUAAGUAAUGAUGUUGGUAAUAAAAGCUUUUAAAAGACUGAAAACGUAACUAGUGGUACCAUAACAUUGGGUGCUUACAUAGGAGUGAAGAGUGGCAGCUCAUUGUUGAGAGUUGCAUGCUGCUACCUGAUAGUCAGCAAUGAAAUAAAUAUUUCUAGAAUGUU